AUGGACAAUAUAUUAAAGAUAAAUUGGGAGAACCUGACAAGUGCCAAGGAACUAAAGGAUGCCAUUUGUGAAUGGUGUGAUCAUAGCGAGUAUGAAAUAACAAGAACAGAUAUACUUAGACUGCUGUCCAAACAUAAUAUACAUAUUGGAGAACUUCAUCAAGAUGAACAAUGUGGUCUGUUUGAGAUUGUUGUCGAUAUCCCUGCCAAGGACUUCUACGGUAUUCAUUCCAAGUGGCAUUUGACAUUCUUCUUCUCCGAGUGUGGUCAUCUACUCUCCAUUGAUACCGAUCGUCAGUUUGAAUCAAUCAAUCCAAAGUUCUACGACCAAUUCAUCAAGAGAGAUUAUGAUGAUAGUGUUGUCCAGAUG